AGAAAGCAGAACUGACAGUCGAGGCAGUCGUCUCAGCUCCGCAAUCCUCGGAAGAGGGGAAAAAUAAAAAUGGGUGGUUCUUCAAGGCAGUGUCAAGUUUGCAACCAAGCUCAGUCUAAGUACAAGUGUCCCUCUUGUCUUGUUCCGUAUUGUUCUCUGGCAUGUUUCAAGACACAUAAAGAAACCCCCUGUGUGAAGCCGGAGUCCACACAAGAAAAAUCUGGAACCCCUAAUGUGAACUCAGCGUCUGUUAAUGAUGUUGUAACAACUAGUGUGAAGCCGGAGUCCACUAAUGAUGCGGUGAUCCCCAGUGUCAAGCCAGAAUUAUCUGAAGGAAGAUCCAGUGUUAAUCCAGGAUUUCAGGUGGAAAGAAAACUAGAAGUUGAUGACCCAAGUGAAGUGCUACAAAUAAUGCAGAUGCAGGCUAUUGCUUCUUCUGAUGAAGUCCGUGAAGCCUUGAAGGAUGAACAUCUUCAAAAACUCAUAUCUAAUAUUGAUAGCUCCCCAGACGCAUUGAAUGAACUUGACAAAGCUAUGGGAGUGGAUGUUUUCCGCAUUUUCAGUGAUAAGAUCCUAUCUGCGAUCAAUCCAUGACCACAUUGUAUUUUACAAAGGCCUCUGAAGUUCUCAUUCCGAAUACAUCGAUGUCAACAUAGUUAUGUCCAAGUUUUGUUGCGAGUUCAUAUGAAAAACUUGUCCUGCCGUCCGAGCCUGGUCAGUGGUUGAUGUUUC